AGUCACUGAUAAUUAUUGCAGGGAGUAUAUGCCAGUGAAAUUCACAUUGUUUAUCUAAAGUUCAGCCGGAUCUUUAUUCCGUAAGAUAAAUUUCUCUUGCGGCGGCAUUUUGACAUGGCGAAGGAAUUGGACAAUGCGCAUCUUAUAGAACGCGAACUUGACAACAGAAUAUGUCUCAAUAUUCUGGCAUUGUUUGCAUUGAUUUUCUCAGCGACUUUUGUUGUUGUCACGACAUUAGCGUUUUUAAACAUACGUGAUAUUGAUGAUAGAGAUAAUGCCGUACGACUACAAAUUGAAAAGUUGCAAGAGAAACUACGCACAUACAGAAAGACUCGAGGACAACUUGUUGACGGUACGCACAAGUUCAUAGAAGAAAUUGCACAGGCUGCAGAAAAUGGUGCCGUGUUUGAAAUGGAUCAACAUGUGGACGAAAGCGCAGAAGACGAAAGAACUUCAAAGAAUGACGAUGCACAAGAACGCGGACGACGACAGCAAACCAACAUAUUUGAGGCUAUUCUUACAGCUCAGAGAGUUGUUUUCGAAAGGCAUUGUGUUAGUCACGACACACCGUGUCCCAAAGGUCGCAGAGGUGAGAAUGGUACAAUUGGAGAUGCAGGGUUGGGCGGAACAAAUGGAACUGAUGGUACAAAUGGAACAAAAGGGAUGGUGGGGGAUACCGGAAAUCCCGGAUUACGGGGAGAAAUAGGAUCCAAAGUACAAGGAGAUAGCGGGAUUAACGGGACAGACGGUUUGAUAGGCGAUACAGGAGCUUGGGGAGUAAACGGGCUUCCUGGUGUAAAUGGUUCGGCUGGUCAGAAAGGCUUGCAGGGAGACAUCGGCAUCAAGGGCCUGAUAGGAGAUACAGGAUUUUGGGGUGAAAACGGCACACAAGGUGUAAAUGGAACGAAAGGUCCUAUUGGUGAUCCAGGGCUAACUGGCAUGAAUGGCACCCAAGGAGAUACUGGCCCUAGAGGACAAGACGUGAAGAAAUUUGCUGACGACUGUCAGUGCUACAAAAAGCCCAUAUUCAAGAAUUCAAAUGACCAGACAGUUGUCGUUGGUAGUUCCGAUAAAAUGGUUAUACCCUGUGUUGGAGAGGGCAACCCUCCUCCAUCUGUCACACUACACAAACUGCCUCAGAAGAAUGGACGUAAACGCACCAUUACACAGUCAGGCAAUGUGUUUACAUUAGACAAGCCUUCUGACAGAGACUAUGGCCGUUAUGUUUGCACUGCGACCAACAUCUAUGGUACUGCAACCAAAGUCGUUACAGUGAGCAAACCAACUUCCGGCAAAUAAGAAGAGAUAUCCGUGCUGCUUUGUAUCAAUAAAAGCGAAAUCAA